AGUCACGCCGGAUCAUCUCACCGUAAAACAUCGCCAACCCGGUCUCGUGCAGAAACCUGAACCGCCGGUGUUUAAACAACCAGAUGGUGAGGAUGGUGAGUGUGAGGAGCAUGAUGAAGAUGAGCAGGUCCGCGCUGUCCUGCCUGUGGCUCUCCUCGGCUUUCUUCUCUGUUACGAUGUUCUCCAUGGCACUGUACUCCUCCUGAGGUGGUGACUCUGCUCGGCAAACACAGAUGCACACAGAAAGACUCACGAGCACGAGCAGACACAGCGUCCUCGUCGCCCUCCACGCGCUGUUGACAGUCACUCUAAAUACCAUUUUGGCUGGUCGCGCUCAAACGCUGCUACGUCUGCGAAAAUUACAGCAAACUUUGAGCAAAUAUGAUAAUAACGGGAGUAAAGAGCAGAACGACGACAGCAACAGAAAAACCGAUCCCGGCCCGGAAGUGAAAACUAUUUUUUGGAGAAAGUGUAGGAUGUUGACUUCAAAGUAAAAGUAUGAUGCUUGUUGUAAUCAUUCUUCACGCAUAUAACUAGACUUAUCUCAUCAUGUGUGAUUAGUAUGAUUUCUAUAGAACAGAAUUUUAACGUUAGUUGUAUUUUUUACAGGCAAGUGGUUGAAAUUAUUGCACUUCUUCUAAUUUAAGACUCUUAUUUUGAAAUUGUGAUGGUCAUCAUCCAGUACAGGAAAUACGAUCUAGUGUCUAUUUUUUAUAACUAUAUAUCUUAUUUAAUGUAUAAAAUGUGUUCCUUUGCUAUAUAACAGUUGUAGCAAUUUUUUGAUUAUCAAUUAUUUUCGUAUUUUCCCGAAAUUUGUUUAUCAAAAGUCUCGCGAUACAAAGAAUAAGACGAGGAAGUGAUGUGAUAUUCGCGUCUGUCGGUCACGAUGUAAAUCAAAUCAUUGCUAAAGAACUAUGCAGUAAUCUAUGUUUUUUUAUGUUAUCUUAUAAUAUGAAUUUGUCGUCACUUUUAUUGUUUUAAUUUACCGGGAAAUGGUCAGACAAAAACAACAAUAGACACAUAAUUGUUAAACUGGAAUGCUAGUAUUUCAUAACAUAUGUGCCCAAUAACAACACCAACAAUGAGAAAGUACAGGAAAUAUCAACUUAUGUUUUUAUGCAUUCGCACGACAGAAUAAUAUAUGAAGGUUGAAAAGUUAAAUUGAAAGAGCACCACUCUAACCCGUUGGUGAUAAAUGAAAAAUUUCAGUGUACAUGAAAAUUCCGAGGAGGACCUGAACGUCUCAGUGUCUUACUGAGCAGCGCUUCGUUUUUCUCCUCACAGCAGCCAUGGAUGUGUUAGCACUGUGUGGUUAGCGGUUGAUAUCAAACCCAAAUAGUAGUUUUUACUCUCAUCUGCUUGGAUUUCGGUGAAUUAUUACAUUUCUGCAGAAGCUUCUUCCAGAUACAAACGGAAAUGACAUCUAAACAGAAAGGUACGUUACAAUCUUGUGUUUUAGAUUUGGUCGAGUGUUGUUUACUGAGCUAAUAAUGGUUAGCAGCGGGUUUUUAAACAUCACCAAGGCGCUUAUUCAUUGUUAUUGCAUUCAGUUUAUUAGAAAGCUAAUAAUAGAGCUGGAUUACAAUAUGUUUAGGUACACUACACACGAAUAAUAACAACGUUGUGGUAAUUACCAAUGCUAAAAAACAUUAUUGGGGGUGGAGGGGUAGGAACAGUUAAAAACACUACUGUCUCGUGUAUAAAAUAAGAGAUAUCACCUUGUCCACAGGGGUCACCAGUGUCAUUGCAGACCAGAAGUUCCUCAUAGUAGCUUUAAAAGAUAAUCAGCUAAAAAAAACCCUGAACAAUGAAAGCUGGUGAGGUGGUAAGGUGUUGUGCUCUCUUGUUAAGCUCCACUUAACAAUGUGAUGACCCACUUCAACUCCAAAAAUAUACAUUGUUAUUGCUGCAAAAGUUCAAGAUGACAGAGUGUGAUUCCAAUGACAUUUUAUUAUGAAAGUAAAUCUGUGCCAUCUGAUUUUGAAUUUGAAUUUCUAAAGCUGAUUUUUUUUUUUUUUUUUUUUUGGCAUUAAAAUCAGACCUUGAAUUUCAAAACCAUUGAAUUUCAAGCACACAUAUUUAUUUCUGACACUAUUUUUUUUUUCACAAUGAGGAAAUAAAGGACACUUUUACACUGAAUUAUUUUACACUGAAUUAUUUGACACUUAUUAUUUUUUUAUGUUGAAAUUUUUUACAGUUUUUUUUCAGUCGAAUUUUCACUAACUGAAUAUUUUGAGAGACCGAUUUUUUAUUUUUUUUUACACCGAAUAUGUUUCCUCAUUGUAAAAAAAAAUGUGUCAGAAAUAUGGAUGUUUGCUUGAAAUUCGAUGGUUUUGAGAUUCAAAGUCAGAUUUUGAUGGAAAAAAUUUCAGCUGUAGAAACUCAAAUUCAAAAUCAGAUGGCACAGAUUUACUUCCAUAUGUUAUCUUUAAUAAACUUUUAAAAAGAAAAGAGUUAUUUUACGGUGAUGUUUACUGUCGUGUGUUGAAUUCUAGCUGGGAAGACUGGCUCCAAGAGCAAGGAGGAUGCUCCUUAUGAGUUGGAGAGUCAGUAUGUCCUGAGGCUUCCUUCGGUAAGAGUGUCAGCCUCUUUGAAACCAAAUAUUUUUAUUUGAUGAUGUAUGAAUCCUGCUAAAAAAUUCGUGGAUUCAUUUUUUGUAAACAGGAGUAUGCCUCGACAGUGAGAAGGAUCGCCCAGUCCAGCAGUAUGAACAUGAAAGACAGACUCACCAUCGAGAUGCAUCGUAAGCUUGUUUAUCACUAAUCUCUUCCCCUGUCCUAUCCAAGUGUUCAAGCUGAUCUAAACCCAUGAGAUGAAAUCUUUUCUAAUUAAAAAAAUGGUGUGUUUUUAGUUUAUAAUCACAGAUGCACCGACUAAACUUCAUACUAGCUCUUCUGACCUAUUUCACAUAAACAAUUUUGAAGAAAUAUAAAAUACAAAGAAAGUAGUUCUCUAUUGACUCAAGAAGUGUGAGUUCAAGGUAUUCUCUGGAUUGAGACACAUGUAAAUGUCUUUACUCUGAGCAUGUCAUGGUCAUGUAGACCUUAAAAUAAAGAUAACUCCCAUCUGUUUUCAGCCUGAUGAGAGAGACACUAUGAUAUGUGAAGGAAUUUGUGUUAAAGUCUACAUUACCAUGCCAUCAGAAUAAAGAUAUUUCAACUUUUUAAACAAGAGUAUCCAAACAUUUUUUUUCACUAUUUUCUUUGCAAAGAUUGUCAUAAAUAUUUGGCCCACAGUUAAAGUUUUAUGUCAUGGUCUGGUCUUAAAAAUCUCCUAAUUUGUCCAUGACUGUCCUUUCCUAGUUGCAGUAGUUAUUUUGAUCUUACACGCAACUCAUUAUAGUAACAAUCAGAUGGUCUUUUUUGUAGCUGAUGGUCGACACGGCAUAGUGAGAGUGGACCGUGUUCCUUUGGCCUGCAAGCUGGUGGAUCUGCCUUGUAUGAUUGAGUCUCUUAAAACAGUAGACAAGAAGACAUUUUACAAGACUGCUGACGUUUGCCAGGUAAAAGUUACUGUUCUAACUUUGAUUAGAAAAAGGGAUGUGGCAUAUUUUUGGUCCUUUUCAAACCAAGGCUUUGUUGCAGUUUUACCUUUUUGUUAUACAAGUACAACCUAAUCAGUUAGCAGAAUUCAGAGUACUUUCUGAUUCAUGUUUCCAUCUCUGGGUCAGAUGCUGGUGUGCACACUAGAUGGAGACCUUUACCCUCCUUUAGAGGAGCCAACUGGCACAGACCCUAAAAGUAAAAAGAAGGACAAAGACAAGGACAAGAAAUUCGUUUGGAACCACGGCAGUAAGUAAAAAUAUCUCCACAGACAGCUUUCUCAGCUGUCUGUGAUGGAAACUUGGCACAUCAGCAAGUCGAGAUGCAGAUUUCUCCCUCCACAGCUGAUUGAGCCAUUCUGACUCGACUAAUCCUGUUAUUCUGCUCUCUAGUUACCUGCCCUAUGAAGAACACGCGCAAGAGAAGAUUUCGGAAGACUGCGAAAAAGAAGGUUUUGACAUGUCUUAUCCUCCUUAGCAUGCACUCCCCUUUUCCAUCUCUUUCUUCAGCAUCACCCGACCCGCUUCCAACAAGACAUUUACAUUUCAUAAACCAAGAACAGUGGGGAAAGUGAAAACUAAGAUUUACAUAUAAAUAAAGCCUUUCUGUCUUAGUUUGCCCCAAAGGCAUACAAAAAAGAAGCAAUUUCACUAUUGCUUUGAUCAGAGUGAAGGCGAAUAUGCUUGAGCAAAACACGUCUUCUUUGUCUUCAGAAUAAAUCUUCCCAAGGAUGCAGAGCCAGGCUAUAUUGAUUUGGUUCCCUUCAGUUUUUAAUCGCUAAUGUCUUUUCUGGCAUGUGGCCAGCUGCUACCUUUUUGUGUGUGUGUGUGUGUGCGUGUGUGAGUGUGGAGGGAUUCUGCUAACACUACAUGUAACACAAUUUCUUUCUUUCUCUCUCACAGUACAUCGAAUCUCCAGAUGUGGAAAAAGAAGUGAAGAGAUUGCUGAGCACAGACGCUGAGGCCGUCAGUGUUCGUAUCCUUGGAUACCUACAGCUCUCCCAUGCUCUUGCUUUGUCAAACCAGGAAGCUAAUAACUACCAAGCAGCACAGCUCUAAAAUCACUGGCUAUGCUUUUAGCUUUGAUAAUCCCCAUAACCUGACUCUUGUGUUGGGUGUAUAUAGAACAGACAACAUCGCUUCCUUUCCCAAUCACAAUGGGUGCCAAUGUUCAUGCUUGUUAAACCAAGGCAUGUGCAGAAAGGAGUCAGCUGGUAGCAUUCCAGGACAGAAGUCACACCUGCAACACAAACUAAAAUGUUCAUUAAACUCAUUGAUAAAACUCUUAAGAUCACUCCGGUGAGUUAAGUCUGCAGUGGAGCAGAUUGUUGUGUAGAUUUGAAACACAAACACUUACAAUUAUGGGAAGUUCAUUGAGUCCUGUGGUAGUAUUUGUUAUAUUGUCUUUUGCUGUUCUUCCUCCUCUUUGCUAAUCUGGUACAGAAGUGCAGUUACUUCUGACAUCAUAUCAGCUCUUUUUAAAAUCAAAUCACUAAUUGAAACCAUAGACUGUAUAUACCUAUGGACAACCUGGUUCCGCCCUCCGCCAGUAUUCAGAUUUGAAGCUGAAAAGCUCUCUGUAAUUCCACGUUUCCUCCACUUCCUGAAACCAACAUUGCGCAGCACAUUGUGCGCAUUCGGCGGGAGAGUCACUGAGAGUUGCUGUGAUGACGCUUGGCUCAAACAGCGAAUCCUUGGGUGAGCUAAGCAGUCUUCGUACGCCCAAAGGCUGUAUCAAGUGUGAAUCAUAGAAAACAUGAACCCCCUAAUAACUUUUAAAAACGGAGCCGAACAGAAAAAAGAGGACUUGAGCACAAACCAGUCUUAAAAUAACUACAUGUCAACAUUGCAAGCAGGGGGGAUAAAAAUGUAUGUUCUGUGUAAUAAAUUUCUAAAGAUUGUCCACAGCCCCAUAAGGAUGGCUGGAGGAGGCGGGAUUUAUGACCUAUAUUGCAGCCCGUCACCAGAGGGUGCUGUUCUCGGAGUGUCUUCACCCAGCAAGGAGGCAAACGUCGUCCAUUCUAUAUACAGUCUAUGAUUGAAACUGAACUUCUAAUGAAAAUUGGCAACAUAGUAACCUUCAGCAUUUAAGUUAAAUAAGAACAAGCUAUAAUGACAAAAAAAGGUGUGUUUUGAUUUCAUAGUUUGGCCUCUGCCUCAUGUGUUAACGUAGCUGAGGAGGGUUUAUCACUCACACUGAGGUCUGUCUCCAGGGGGAGCUCUAAAUCUUGUGGCUUUAAUGCUGAUAAGUCCUUACAAGGUCUAUUUUACAUACAGUCUUUGCUCCCAUCUUGCCUCAAAUCCAGCUUGAUUUAGGGCCUAACCAGCCCUGUCUCCCCUCUGGCUCACCUGGCUUGACUUCGUCCAAUGCCUUUGUGAGAGCGAUACACUUUGCAAAGAGGCUAUUAGCGCUCUAAUGAAACUCUAAACCUGCCUGACAGAAUAAGAGCACAGCAGGGCUGCCAUGAGUGGCUGCAUGCUGCGUGUUAAUUUAGAUAGACUGUUCAUUAUCGUUGCUUAGUUGGUUACGGUGAAGCUAGAUUCUAAUUAUAGUUUAAGCAGUUGCAUGCAGCAGCAGCAGACGUGUGCAUGACACUGUAACGAAGGAAGUUCCUGUGGAGCUUCAUGUGGAUUUUACCUUUCAAGUCGACUUCAAAGAAGAGUUUUUAGAGCGCAAGAGUGUUGAUAGAUCUCAAGUCUUUUCAAAAUACCACUUGUGAGCGUGGAGAUGGAUCCAUAGAGUGUGUUGACCUUAAUUGAAGGUGUUCAGGGUGGGAGAUCAUAGCAGAGGAUGAGUCCAAGGAAGCAGAUCAGCAUAGCUCUCUGGGCAACCUGGACUCAUCACCGGGCACCUCAGGACACAAGAUGGGCCAUGGAUCCUCUGGUAAGUAAAAACAUGAAUGAUUUAUAUUUUGCAGCUAAAAUAGGUAAGGGAUGAGGAUGUAAGGUGAGCGGCUUGUUAUAGUGGGUUGGAAUUCCUGACAGAGAAUGAAGCAGAAGGGUCAAACUUUGCAGGUAUUACUCACAGUAAACUCAACAUUUCUAUAAGUGGUAAUGAAAACAAGGUGAACAGAGAUCUGAUUCUGUCAUACAUGAUACAGGAAUCACCACACAUACUAUCUUUAAGCUGGUUUGUGCCUAAUUUGUAAAAGCUGAAAAUACAAAAAACUAUGCAAAAAAAAAACAAGAAGGACACCAGAUACUGCUUCAAAGAAUAAUGACAAAAACUGUGAAAUAGUUUACAUCAGCUAAUGCUACUUGAAGCUUUUUACACUGAAAUAAAACUUUAAUAACUAAUUACUUUUUCUGGCAUGAAUAACUAUUAUAAAAUCAGUAUAUUAGACAUUUCUGCCUGAGCUAUAUGAUGCUCAUUUUGCAGUGUAGCUUCCAUGUUUCCAUUCAUAUUUCUGAAACUCUUUGUGUGCAGCUUCCUUCAUACACAUCAGGCACAAAGAUUUAUUCGUUUUCCUUAUGCUCGCCACCCUUGUCACUCCUGAUGGUCUCUGCCCCAGUGGACUGAAGUAGAAAUAGAACGCAGUCAAGCAUAAGCUACUCUUUGGACUUCAUUAUUUUUACCUUUGAAUUCACCAGAGGACCUUCCUCGCUCUCAACUGAAGCGUGCAUUUGUGCUGGUGUACUCGGAGACUGGUGCUCCUGAAUGGCAUGACUAAUGUGUCGAUAUAAAAACGUUAGCACACUUAAAACAGAGAUUUCACAAACACAACUUUCCACUUAGUAACCUGCUGUGUAAAUAAACCACAGAAACAUUGAUGAUCCACAUUUGUAAUACCUGGUUUAUUUCUUUGUAACAUCACUGGAUCCACUCCUCUUCACCAGACUAUUGUUUAUGCAUCCCUGUUGUGUGGGUCCAAGAAAAGCCUCCCACAGUCUGGCAGUUCCCAUCUCUGUGCAUCUUCUUAAUAACACAAAUGUAUUUUCCGCAUGGCCAGCCCAGCGUGAUGAACUGAGAGAGAUCUUCAACGACAUCAGCAGCUCCAGUGAGGAUGAAGAGGACGAAGGGGACCGUCACGAGGACGAGGACCUGAACAUCAUGGACACGGAGGAUGAUCUGGUCAGACAGCUCCAAGACAAACUCAACGAAUCGGAUUCAACACAGCAUGAAAGUGACAGAAACAGCCAGAUAGGUGAGUGGAUAUGAAAAACUGUUGAUGAUGUGAAAACAAAGAAGUAUAAAAGAAAUGAAGAAAGCUUCUUACAUUUAACUGUUAUUGUUUUUUAUGACUAAUCAGUAGUCGUGAUCACAGCACAGAUCCAAAAAAAAUCCAAUCAAACCUCUGCCAGGUACUGUACUCUCCGGGAAAGCAGAGGUCAAAAAUAGUCUCAGCCAGGUGUCUGGACUUGUAAUCAUAGCUGAGUUUUCUAGGUCAGACAUCACAUACACACAAACCAGAUGAGUAGUCCUACUACAGUACACCUGCUGCACUAGCCCGCCGCGGUGCAAACACUGGCAGCUCUCCUCCUCUAUUAACCAGCCUGAUAGGUGUUGUGGCUCAGCGUUCCACUCAGACAACUGUCCAGCCUGACAGCUCAAUGCCUCUUUAUCUACAUACACAGAGCUGUCAGUCAGCAACACCGGUGGUCAUCACAAAUGUAGCUGCUCAGCAAAGCCUGUCCUGUUGUGCAGAGGUCUGGCUGUGCAUGUGCAUGUGGCUGGCAGAUCUGCAAAGCUGUAUGAAAUGGAUCUACGGGGAUUCUCCCUGUUUGAUGUUGCAUGUUAGAUGGUCUGUAUCAGAGGAGCGAGAGUCAGUUGGGUGAGCAGAGAAGGGAAACAAUUGGUGAAUGAAUCCACAGGUUGUUGCGAGGCAUUAUCACUUUAGCUGGAUUUAAUGAGAGCUCUCUGUAGAGCGCAGAGCAGGCUGAUUUAGUUGUCUUUUAGUGCUUCGGCCUGCUGGCUCACGUCCUUUUUAAAUGGAUUUGUUGUUCCCAUUAACUGCAAUUUGUCAAACUGAAAUGGAGGCAUCCUUGUGGUUCAGCAAGUUAAGGCGCAUAUCUUGUCCUCAUGGCUUUGUGAGUGUGGUGUUACUCUCAAUUAUGUCACAUGUUAAUCUCUCUCUCCUUCCCCCUAGCUCUCUGGCUUUGUUGGCCGUGUGUACAAGCGUAAAUAACGUGGUUUUCUAAGGGAGAAAAAAAAGUAACGUAUUACACCUCCUGCUCUUCCCUACAGUUAUGGAGUAUCAGGUGCAGAUCAACAACGUGAAGGGCAAGCUUCAGGAGACCCGUGCACGCAAGAAACAGCAAGAAGAGCUCAUCAUUAAAGUGGAAAACCAGGCCCUCAAAGUAAGCACACAAACACUAACACACUUUCACAGUUGUCCUGAAAGUAGGUCUGCAUGUACAGAGACAUGAAAACAAGAACAUGCAGAUGAGCUUGGAGGCAGAAGUCUUCACGCAGCAUUACUUCUCUCAGCGGCGAUGUAAAACACAAGAAGAAACAGCUGAUCAAACACAGCGUUGGAAGCCGUUAUGUAGUUUUUGUAUAUUUUAAGCCUUGAAUAUUUUCUCCACCAGCCCUUUUACUGUAUAAGCGUGAUUAUGCAGAAAAAAGGCAUGAAAAUUCAUUGCUCCGCCAAGCGCUCUUUAGCGGCGACUCCACGAUAUGCGACACAUCAGCCGACACGUCCCUUUUCCACGUUGCUAUUUAGAGCUUUCAUUUGCUGGCGUUUUGGGACCGUCAAAGCCCCUUCUCCAGUCGUUAUUAUCACAGUCGCAGGGAAAAGGUCAGCUGUCUCUGACUAGCAUUCCAAGUGGCCUUUCUGUCAGAGAGGAGAUAGGGACACGAGCGGCCGAGACACACAUUUAAAGCCAUCACAAUUUAAUGAGGCUCAGCAUGUCGACUCAGAACAAAUCUUGUUUGUCUCCCUCCUUACACAGAACCGCUUCCAAGCUUUGUUGGACGAGAUUAUUCAGCAGGAGGAGAGAGAGAUGGAGCAGGUAAGAGCCCUUUUCUUGAAAGUAGGGGAUCAGUGGUUUAUGCAAGCUUUCUACAGCUUUUAGCACUUUGCAUGCAUUUACCCGGCAUGAAUGUCAAAUGCUGUGUGGUGUACAGAAGGCUUUGCUCUUCGUGUCCCUUGUUAACCAAACAUCUUUUAUGCCCAGCAGCAAAGAUCAAACUAAAUCAUGUGACAUUUAACCUGUCACCAGCUACCGGCAGAGUCCGAGUGCAGCUAAAACAUAGAACAUGACACAUGACCACCCUCUGUCUGGGGUCGUUGUUUGUAUUGACAAAUGGAGGCAGUGAAUUAAUUUAGAGAGACAUGUUAAUCAUCAUCCACUUACCCUCCAAUUACACCACGGGACUUUGGGGAUAUCAAUCAAGCCUUCUAUUUUUUGCUCCAACAGCUGGCCUCCCUGCAGGAGCAGCUGGACUCUCUGAUAGAGAAGUGACCACCAGGGGGCAGCAUCACGUCAUUAUCAGCUACUAAUGAACAGCCAUGAAGAGGAGGAGGAGGAGGAGAGCCUUCCUCCAGGGCGGAGGGGGCAUUUAUUUGCUGACUUGUGUCAUUCCUUGAAGGUUAUUGUUUUAAGUCAUUUGGAUGAUCUCUGUUCGUAACGUUGUUUUUAUUUAGUUGCUACUAUUAAAGCGUUUGGUUGGCUUAAA